AUUAAKCCAUCGUAAAGAUAUUUGAAUCGGCUUUCAGUAACGGCAAAUUUAAAGUACGUCAUUAAUAUGGCGCCAAAAGAGUUUAAAGUAUGAGCUUAUUUUGUUGUGAGGUUGCAGAACCCUCGCACAAGAGGGAGAACAUGAGCGGGCAAGAGGGGAAGCGAAUGGGCAGGCGAUGUUUUUUCGGCAGAACGUCUCGAAACUAGCUUGCAACAUUUCAUUCCCUGAAAAUGAAGCAUAUUCUUUUCCUACUGGAUCUGAAAACACACUCACGUGACAAAUCGGGAUCUGGGGGAUAUCACAUUGGACUAUUUUCAAAUGCGACAUGGCUUUGAAAAUUAUAUUUGUUAGCUUACCGUGCUGUACCCGGCAUAGCUUUAGCUUACAUUAGAACUGACUUGCUGGCUGCAGCUCGAGGCUAUCUUGCAAGCCGUUAGACAAUUUGGAUUUACGGAUGAUACUCCUAAAGUCUGCUAAAGGUAGCUAACAGUUAGCUACAUUAACUGUAUUUAGCUGAGAACUGCGAAGGCGGCCAUCGCAGUUUUGUUGAAUAAUGUUAUGCUGCCGGAUAGACUUUAUAAUGGAUUAAAUUUGUAAAUUGCUACUUUUUAUUUUGACUCUCUUGGGAGAGCAUCUGAUCGACGUGCUGUCACCACAGCCUCGCAGGCACGUCCUGUCACCAACGUGGAUAGUCGGUGGGCUAACGUUAACUAGCUAACUAGCUUGGGUAGUUGCACUGGAAUUUGACCACCGUGAAAUUCACUGUCACUACAUGUGGUUAACUUCAAAUGAUUUCGUGAUUUCUCAUCGUCCAGAGUCGAGGACGUUUUCGCCAUCGGAAGCUGACUGCAAUCAAGGUAAAAAGAUGGAGAGUGAGAAGAAGAGAAGAAAAUACUCCACCAGCAGCAAUGACUCGGACACCACUGACAGUCAAGUGACCUCCUGGUCCAGGUCCUCCAAGAACACCGGGACCAGCAGCACCUGGGUCAGACAGGAGCACAAGAAACCGUCUGAGGUGUUCCGGACGGACUUCAUCACGGCCAUGAAGCUGCCAGACUCGGCCCAGCUGGGCCCUGAUGACUUCUACGUGCUGUCUGACCCCUGGAGACAGGAGUGGGAGAAGGGGGUCCAGGUCCCCGCCAGCGUAGACGCCAUCCCAGAACCUGUCGUCAGGAUGCUACCGGAGGUGGGGCGUAUCCCGUUCUACUGGCCUGUGCAGGGCCAAGGCCGGGGGUGUGUGCUGGGCCUGGGGCUGAGCCAGAGGGACAUGAAGACCACCGAUGAGCCCCACAGUCGCUAUGACCUGGAUGACAUGGACGUGUCCUGGCUGGAGCUGGUCAACCAGGAGUUCAGGGAACUAGCGCUGCCGGAGCUGGACGAGCUGACCAUGGAGCGUGUUCUGGUGGAGCUGGAGAGCCAGUGUGAGGAGAACAUGCAGCAGGCCAUKGAGACGGAGGAGGGCCUGGGCAUCGAGUACGACGAGGACGUGGUGUGCGACGUGUGCCGGUCCCCCGAGGGAGAAGACGGCAACGAGAUGGUCUUCUGUGACAAGUGCAACAUCUGCGUACAUCAGGCGUGUUAUGGGAUCCUGAAGGUCCCACAGGGGAAUGCCUUGCCGACCUGCGCCCUGGGGGUGCAACCCAAAUGUCUGCUGUGCCCCAAGAGAGGCGGAGCCCUGAAGCCCACCCGCAGUGGAACCAAGUGGGUCCACGUCAGCUGUGCCUUAUGGAUCCCCGAGGUGAGUAUAGGCUGCCCGGAGAAGAUGGAGCCCAUUACCAAGGUGUCCCACAUCCCCUCCAGCCGCUGGGCCCUGUUCUGCAGCCUGUGUCGAGAACACACAGGCACCUGCAUACAGUGCUCCAUGCCGUCCUGCAUUGUGGCCUUCCACGUGACUUGCGCCUUUGACCAUGGCCUUGAGAUGCGCACCAUCCUGGCGGAGAACGAUGAAGUGCGCUUCAAAUCCUACUGCCUGGAGCACAGCAGCACUACCGCCUCCGGCAACAGUAACAACGCCAUGGCCGGCAACAGUAACCACACCAACAACGCUGGUGCCAGCAGCAAACCAGACUGGGCUGGACACGGCAACGACCACAGAGCCUCCGUAACUGCGCCGGACCACCACCAAGCGYCCAGCGAGCUGCCGCCGUCAGAGCGGCCGCUGCCGCCUGUGGAGCGUCCAGACCGGGACCAGAUAGAGCGGGAGAAGGCCAGCCAGCGCAAACAGAAGCUACAGGAGCUGGAGGACGAGUUCUACCGCCUGGUGGACCCCAAAGACGUGGCGGAGAGCCUGGGCCUGCCGGACGCCCACGUGGACUUCCUGUACCAGUUCUGGAAGCUGAGGAGGAAGUCCAACUUCAACCGUCCUCUGGUGACGUUGAAGAGAGACGAGGUAGAUAACCUGGCGCAGCAGGAGCAGGACGUGUUGUACCGACGCCUCAAACUGUUCACACACCUACGCCAGGACCUAGAGAGGGUGAGGAACCUGUGCUACAUGGUCACUCGGCGGGAGAAGAUGAAGAGUUCCCUGUGUGACCUCCAGGAGAAGAUUUUCCACCUGCAGAUCCAGCUGCUGGAGGAGGACCUAGCUGGAGAGAAAACCAUGAAGGGCCAUAAGGGAAGACAGAACGGGGUGAAGGAGAAGGGGAAGGAGCGGCGGAAAAGCAGCCCGGAGAAGAAGAAAGAGAGGUGGAAGUCUGACAACGGCUCCCUCCUCAAACAGCUAGGUUUCCCCAAGACCUUCCCUCUGGACAACUCGCUGUUUGACAGCUGGCUGGCCCAGUCGGUGCAGAUCACGGCUGACGACAUGCUGAGCCAGUGGGCCCUGGACGCCGGGCAGCACCGUGACAAGACGGCCAGCUUGCUGUCUGACCAGCUGCUGCAGGGAGAGGAGAGCCUGCUCAGCCUUAUGAUGGACCACUCCAUGAAGUCCACCUGGAAAACCCCUCAGCUGGGCCGCAAGACCCGGGGCAAGCCCAGAGCCCGGGCCCAACACUCCACCGCCGUAGCAACCACCCCGCCUUCUGCCACCGCUGUCAGCCCCGCUGCUGCUGCCACCGCCUCCUCCACAGCCACAGCCACAGCCAAGGGGACUCUGCUGGCAGAUGACAGGCCAGGCCACGGGGCCCGUAGAGGGGAGAGGUCCCGGGGCUCCAAGGCCCUCCACCACCAUCACCACCACCCCCAGACCAGGAGCACUGAGGCACCGCUGGACCCGCCGCCGCAGCCGCCCACCUCCAAAAUGGACUCCUGUCACAUCUCGGAGGAGCGCGGCCCCUGGGACAGCCUCAUUGGUACAGGGGCAGCGUCCGCCCCCACGCCGCCCCCUCUGGCCUCCUGCUCCCCCCCACAGCCCUGCAUUAGUCCCGGGACAGUGCCUGAGGGGAGGUCAGGGGGGGGUCCCGGUCACCGCACGGCCCUGCGCCUCCGCCUGCCCCGGCAGGGUAAGUCCCGGGGGAAGGGUGGAGGGGGGAAAGAGGUGGUGGAGCGCCCCCUGAAUAGGGAGAGAGAGAGGGACCCCCACCCAGUGAAGGAGACGUCAUCGUCGUCGCUGCUGGACCCCGAGACGGACGGCUACUUCUCUGACGCCGAGCAGAGCGACUCGGACACGCGCUCCAGCGGCCGCAAGCUCCGCCUGGCCCAGUUGCAUUCUGGGAGCGAGGACCUGCUGAGGAGGAGCGUGCUAGCGUUGUAGAAAAAAAACUGAGGCGCUCACACAAACCAUCGUCCAGAAGACACACUGAUUUCUCAGAUUGACCGGAGCUCCAUCCCAGCUCCCGCUACCAUGGCUACUGUCUGUCUGUCCGUCUGUGCUUUUGAUAUUAUACAUGCCGUUCUUUUCAUUCUAGAUCGCUUUAAUGAACCAAAUCUCUGUACUUCACUAGUCCUAAAUCAGUCUCUCUGCUCUGUUCUGGGGAUUUGAACGUAGCUGUUAGUCAGAUAGCUACAUACACAACGAGACCCUAGAUGUUAGUAGUGCUUGUUAAAGUAACAAAUGCUGUAUGAUGACGUAAGAAGACAAAGAGGAAAUGGAUUUUGGACAAUGUUACAUUUUAGUUUUUAUUUUGAAGUAUAACAUGGCGGUGAACCAUGUCAUCAACCCUUCCUAGUGGUGUGGUCAGUGGUGACUAGCCGCUAGCAUUGGGGUGAAUACUUUGUGGGCAUUAUAAGCUGGUUCAGACGAAUCUCUUCCUUUCUCUUGGCGUAAGAUGGAAUCCCGCGAGGCGAUUCCUGGGAUCUGAUGUUUUUAAAAAGCCUUUCAGUUCAGCAUCAUUCUGAGAAAUGUGCAGAAAAUAUCAAACAAAUAUUAGACUUUUAAAAGCACAAAUAGCUAACAGGAACUGUAACACAAACAUUGUGGCAUAAACACACACACUCUUUCAGACAUGCACACCAGACACAUUACACAAACAUUACACACACACACACACACACACACAUACUCUAAACGACUCUGUCUGGAUCCAGCCGUUGUAGAAACAUACUGGUUGAUAAUUACGUCAGCUCUUCACUGACUCCUCCUCAUCUUCCGUUUGGGCCUGAAUCAUUGGAGAAACAGUAUUUUAUCGUGUGCCUUCUGUCGCUCCCCCAAAAAUAAGUUUAUCAAUCACUUCUAUAAUCAGAUUUGUUACAAUCAAAAAAAGGAAAAUCUGUUGUUGGCCAUCAAGCGUACUGAAACAGAGGGCUUCUCGGACCUUAAUUGUAGUGCCUAAAAAAAAAUAUGUAAAUGCAGCUUUUGCCAUUAAUCAACCCAACCGCAUGCAAAGCCACACCGUUCUACCAUAUUUGUGCAAAGUGCUGCCCCAACAAAGCAACUUCUGGAGUCAUUGUUGCUCCAAUCAGACGAAUCGUAUAGUCAGCUACAGCACAGAGUUCUGGAUUCUGACUACUUUUUUGAGUUCUUUGUAAAUUUGUUGMUUUUUUUUCGUCUCAGAGAGUUGUAUUUUGUACUAAAAGCGGUCCACAGUAUUUUCUCAGGGUUUAAAAAAAUAAAAAAUAAAAAAAUAAUAAUUGAAGGCGACGAAGAAGGGUUGAAAAUGUAUUGAAAUCAAAGUUCAUCCGUAAAUAUAUAAUACCAUAUACAGGCCUUUUCUACAUAUGAUAGGUAUGUAUAGAAAAGGUUCCUUUGGCAAUGCUCACUGUUUAAACUCUGACUACUACUGUGCUGAGAGCUUUUCACAUGUCUCAGUCAGUACACUACUACUACUACCCACCUGGCUGUCUCCUGAGUUGAUAAUGCCAAAGAACAGUGUGUAUAACAGACAGGGCACCAUGCACUUACUCUGUCUGCGUCCCAAAAUGGCACCCUAUUCCCUGCUUAGUGCAUAAGGUGACAUUUGUGACGCAGCCUCACAUGGGAGUUGUGCAUUGCUCAGGCCUGCGCUGGCAUGGUGUGACUCGGCCUUUUUAAAGAGGGGGGCGUCCUGACACCCACCACCACUAUUCCACCUUGGACUCUCCCAUUCCCUGCUCCCACAGGUGUGUUACUUACUGGCCCUCUGUGCCACUGACCUACUCUGGAUGGAGUGGCCUACGUCCCCCUCCCCCCAACCUGGAGAGAGUUGAAUGCUGCUGAACCGUGUGUGGAUGGGCGGCUGAUGGCUGAGCCCGCUGACAACCCCCAGCGCUGGUAUAACAGGGUCGUAAUGUAGAAGAUGACUCGUUUUUUUAUGUUUGUUUUCCUGUCCCAGAGGGGACACAAGGAUUCAGGAUGAAACUUCCUAAAGCAGCGUAUUGGUCAGGUGACACUGUCUGUCUACAGCCAGUCUGGCUCCUUCCUUUCCAUCCACCGUAACCCUUGGAGGCAGACCAUUACAACCAUAGAAACAGAAUGAGUAGCACAUUCUAUUCAUUCGUAUUCUACAGUUACAACAUAAUACCAUAAGAACAACAAUGCUCAUCGUUGUCUGCAGAUAGGUCGUCGGGGUGGGUGAGUGGGGUUAGCACUGUAGUAAACCCACAGAAUCCACCCCCACCACCUAACCGUUUACGUGUUGCUAAGACAAUGAAAUGUAAACUUGGUUUCAAUAUUCAAUAUAUACACAGAUUUAGACUAGGCUGUGUUUUAGAUGGGACCCUUCAUGUACGGCCCCCAACGUAGUAGAAAACAGGUUGUUAUUAUUCUUAUUAUUGGAGAGGGGCGUCUACGCCCUCUUCCUCCGCUUCUUUUCAGAAACAGUAGGCUGGAGUUUUAGUGAGGUGGUGAGGCGUUUCGGUCCAGCAGGCAGCAGGUGACAGCACUUUUCAUGCAGACUAUAGAUUAAUGAAUGGAUGGUAUUAUCCCACAUUAUCCUACAGAGUAUGGAUGGAUGGUAUUAUCCUACAGAGUAUGGAUGGAUGGUAUUAUCCUACAGAGUAUGGAUGGAUGGUAUAAUCCUACAUAUGGAUGGAUGGUAUUAUCCUACAGAGUAUGGAUGGAUGGUAUUAUUAUUAUCCUCCUCAAGCAGGGUUUCUUUGCCCCAUUCCUGACGACCCACCUGGUUUGCAUGUUUUAUUCCAGCCCUACACUAACACACCGUAUUCUGCUAAUCAAAGUGAUGAUCAGUUGAGUAGGGUGUGUUAGUGCUGGGCUGGAACAAAACGUGCAUUCCCGACAGUGGGUCCCCUGGAAUUGGGUUGAGAAAUGCUGCUUUGCCGUUGCUGUGGAUGAAUGUCCUAGUGCUGUCUCCGUACCACCCAGCUGCUGCUGCCGCUGCUGUUGUUGUCUGUAGCGUGACAAAAGCCGUCAGCACACUAACAGAACACAA